ACUCUAUUUCUCAGGUCAGCGGUUUCAAUUACGGAGCUGGAAAGGAGAUUUCGAAAAGAUUGUGAAAUAUAUUCUUUAUAUAUUUCCGUUGUACUCCACUUAUUAGACCACAAGGAAAAUACUAUAAAUGGAGAAGGAUCUCGAGAGCCACGUGGAUGAUGUUAUGUCAGAACAUGGAGUUGUCGGUGUAAUGUGCACAGAUGAUCAAGGGCUUUCUCUUAUUGCAAAGGGUACAGCAAACCCAGCUACAGCUGGCUUUGUACAGAAUCUAGCAGAGUCUGCCAGAAAACUUUACCCAGAUAGUGAGCAACAACCAGUCAUUUGUCUUGAAUCAGAUGCUUGCAAUCUUCUCAUCAAAUCACAAAACAAAGUCACUAUAGCAGUGCAUAAAGUACCAUCAUAGUAUCAUAGACUUGCAAGAGUUGCUUAGAGUAUGCAGUAUACAGGUUGUUAAUUUAGCCACACUGUCAAUACAUACAGUAAAUUCAAUAUGUACUGAUGUUUUCUUAUUUUAUAUUCCGUAUUACAAGCAUUGGUGACAGUGCAAACUUUCACUAAACAAAUGACUAUGUAUAAAACAUCUGAAUGUUAAUAAUAAAAGUAUAAUAUUUUA